AUGUUCUGCUCGCUGGAGCCGCAGAGGUACCUGAAAGCUCGAUCCACCACCAAGACGUUCAAGCUGCUGAACGAGGUCUUCGAGAUGUUCGACGACGUCGUCGACCAUUAUGGCAUGUACAAGUACCAGCAUGUCGGCGACUGGUACAUCAUCACCUGCCCCAGGGCCGCCAGGCCCUUCGACGAGGCAGAGCAGGGAAAGCCGUACCCGCAGUCGUACGCUGUGCAGAUGAUCCGCCUGGCCAACGAGCUGCGGGAGCUGGCGCACUACUACACGGUAGAGGGGGUCAGCUUGCAGCUCAAGGUGGGAAUCAACCAUGGCGCUAUCGCAGGAGCUGUGAUCGGGCAACACCGGGCCUUCUACUGCGUCUACGGGGACACGGCUAACACGGCGGCAAGGAUGUGCAAGUAUGCGGAGCCGAACGAGGUUCUAUGCACGCGUGAGUUCGCUGAGGUGAUGGAGGGCUGCGAGGACAAGCUCUGCUCCUGCAUGUACAAGGGCCACAUGGACAUCAAGGGGAAGGGGAAGAUGGAA